GUAACAACAACAAACAACAGUACGUCUUUUGGAUUUGACGACACUCAAUCCAAAACUUCGAGAUGGCAGAAUCUGAUGUUUUACGAGAACGAAAGAAAUCCCCUUCUGCAAACGAGGAUUUGCCGAAUAAUGUAGAAAACUUAUUCAAUGUUAACGUACCGACGUACCCAUACAAAUCCAGUGCUGAGUAUGCAGCGGCUGUCAAUCAAUGGCUGUGGCAGUGUUACAAUUGGCAAUGUGUUACUCUUACAUUGCCUUAUUUAGUUUCACAAACAGCUUGUCGUACUCAACCAAACACUGCUGAUGGAAACACUGAUUUCAACAGAAAUUUCCCAAACACAUUCUUUCCAAAUCAAAAUUUUUAUUUAACCCAACCCAGAGGUUCAAAUGCUACUGCGCAAAGACAGAACCUGACUAAUGGGGGUCAAAUAGGAACUGAUUAUCUCAUACCCUCAUUGUUCAAGAGAUUUGCUGCUGAAGUCAUAGACUGCUGCAUUCUGCUUGUGCUGAAAGUGAUGAUUACAUAUAUUGCUGUUGAUUUUUUUGAUUUUGUAAAAUUCAAUAUUCAUGAUUAUGAUUUCAUUAGAAAUGAUAAAUUGGACUAUCAAAAAGCAAUGGAAGUCACUUCUGAGUUUAUUGCUCUAGAAGUAAUACAUCGAUUUGUGGUCUGCAUCUUUGAGGCAAUGUGCAUCCAUAAGGGAAUCAAUGGGACUGGAGGAGCUACACCAGGCAAAAUAAUUAUGAAAAUAAAAGUGGUAUCUUGCCAGGCUGUUGUUCCAAUUGAUUCCAACAUUGUUAGGGUCUACCCAGCAGGUGACUUGGGUAUUGGAUGGGCACUUCUUCGAUCUUUCAUCAAAAACUUUUCAUUUGCUUUCAUUUUCCCAACAUGUUUUACUAUGUAUUUCUUCCAGUUUAAGAGAACAGCAUAUGACAUCAUUUGCAAUAGUAUUGUUGUAGAGGAUUUGCCUGGCAGACAACAGAGGAAUUAAUGGUGAAUGUAAAAAUGAGAUUUUAUAUUUGCAAUUGUUUUUUAAAAUCUUGCAGUGUAGUUAAAAACUAUGUGGUUAUGAAGCUGUUUAUUGUGCCAUGAUGUUUUAUUUUCAUGCAAAAAAUAUAGCUUGUAACAUGAAGGACAAUUUUUUAAUUUUUCCAAUUUUGUUUGUAAAACACGAUUAGUAUGCUUUAAGACUUUACAUAGUUGAAAAAUUACCUUGGCAUAUCAUGAAAUUGUGAAGUUCUGUUCAUAAAAUGUGGAAUGUGAAGAUCAUCAUUAAAGUUGCGAUGUGAGUUUGAAUUUUUAACUGUCAGGAAAAUGAACAAAAAUUACUUCAGGAGGAUAACUGAUUCAUUAAGUUUAUUUAGCAAUGUUACUGUACAGUUGCUUUCAAUGGCAGAGCAAAGAAAGAAGUACGGGGAUCUUCAAUCGAAAAAUGAAGCACACAUGUGGUUGCAUAUGAACAGUUGAACUUAUAUGACCAUGGUUAAUAGGAAAUCAUAAUGAAAACGAAUGUUUUGUUAGUAAAGUUUGAUUUGUUAUUUUUGUUAAGAAUUUUAUGUAUAUUUUGUGCAUUAAAUACAAGUUUCAGCUAAGACGAACAAAAACUUUUGAUUGUAUCAUGAAACCAUCACUCAUUACAAAAUCUUAUCAACAUUUAUAAUUCAUCCUAUCUUUUUGUAUGUUGAGUAAUUAUUGUGAAAUAAAUAAAAAGCUUUGUGUUAAAAUGCAAAAAUACAUGCAAUACUUUAAAAAGCACAAAAUUACUAAAAAAUGCAGUCACAUGUUUUGAGAUUGCAAUAAAGCCCUCUUAAUGCAGAAAAAGUUGUAGAUGUAACUAGCUUGAUUAUUUAGGCAAGGGUUAUGUUUUAAGAAAUUCUUUUUUUUUUUUUUUUUUGAAGUCAAGCAUUUAUUUUUUAUUUUUAUUUUAUUUUAUUUUUUCAAAUGAAAGCAGAAUAUUGUUUCCAAGUUUCAGAAUUUGUUAGGAAAAGUUUUUCCAGUUUACUAAAAUGCUGAAAAUAUUCAACAAGAUUCAGAAAGAAUUCAUGACAAAGUACAAAAUAAUUCAGUAGUACGAUCAAGCAAGAUCUGUGUACGAACGCCUCCCCAACCCCUUCAAAAACAAAAGAAAAAAACCUUAUAAUUACAAAUAUGUCUUAUCUUUUGAUGGAGGAAAUCUAGUAACAGUGAUAACAUUUUUUUUACUGCUGCUGUUAAAACUUUCACAUUUUUCUCCAACUUUAUUGCAUUUUACCCCACCUUUUAACAUACAGCCUUAUAAACUUUCAUGUUGGGAAAAAUUGUUCCCUUUUUUUGUUAGAUUAAAAGAAAUUUGUAAAAUAUCCCGUUGUUUUGUUCUCUAAGUUCUUAGUUUCCUUUUUUAGUAUGUUUUGAACAAUUAAGAGCAACUACUCUUAUUGUCAACUUUGAUUUAUGAACGUGGUGUAUCAAUCUUCCAAUCCCUCAGUAUUCAAAAUGUUUAAAUUAAAAUUAAAUUAAAAAAAUGUAAGUAGUGGAGGACCAAUUGGAAUACAGUCAACUCUCGAUAAUUGGAACUCCCAAGAGAGUGGCUAAAACGUUCGAGUUAUUGGUAGUUUGAGUUAUGGGAAGUUUCCAUAACAGUCUCAACAGUUUGGGACCCAAUGAAAACUUCGAGAUAAGGAAUAUUCGAGUUAUAAGCUUUGAGUUAUUGAGAUCCGACUAAAUGUGCUGUCUGUUAUAACAAAUGGAAAAACUGAAUGUUGUUUACUUUUGUCCUAUUCUGGAUUUCAAAGAUUGCCUACUUUGAUUUUGCUGCCCUUCGAUUUUGAUUCCUAGGAGAAAUUAAUCACAAAGCCACUAUAAUGAGACAAAUUAAAGACAUAAAAGGUUGCAAGUGAAAGUAUCGGAAAAGUUCUGAGCAAGUUAUAAAAUUAUUGAAAACAAGUUAUGUGUAACAAAAGUUACAGGUCUUGAUUAUGUUGAAAUUGGUUAUGAAAGUAUAUUUUCUUUGCACCUGCAAAACCCUCUUUGUGCAGUAAAUCCCAUUUUCCACUCUUCCAUUGAAUCAGGAGAAGUUUUACAUUAGGGAUUGGUCUUACAAUUGCACUAUGUAUUUAUUGUUUGACAAAAAAUUCAAUGUUAGGUGUUUACAAAAAAGUUGCACCCCUAAAAGCCCAAUGGGAAAAUGAAUAAGUGAAAUAAUGUGUGAAAGCGACUUUAUUGCAUUAAAUACUGUGAAACUACAAUUUGAACCCUACAGUUAUGAAAUUUGAAAGUUAUAGCAUAUUUGUUUGUUUGUUUUUUCCUGACAAUUCAGGCCAACACACAUUGAGGGUUUUGGAGGUAUGUAACUUCAGAUAUAUGAAUUUAUUUUAUUUCUCGGUGGAUUUGAAUGCUGUAUAAUGGAUAUACUUUAGUUAAACUAUGAUUUAAGUGGUUCUCAAGUGUUUCACACCAUAAUUUACUUAUUUUGCAAUGUAAUUUUUAAAAAUUGCAUCUGUAAUAUAAAUGUUUGUGUAUAAUAUUUGUACAAAAAAAAUCUUUUUGUGUUACUGUUUAAAAUGUUAGUUGAAAGAUUUUUAUUAAAUAUUUUAUGUAAAAAAAUAAAAGUUUUUAAAUCG